AGAGUGCUGACAGAAAGAAUGUUCAAACAUCUUCGGAAAUGGUUCGUCACUCACUUCUUUGGGCAUUCUCGACAAAGAGCGAGGCUGGUCUCCAAAGAUGGAAGGUGCAACAUCGAGUUUGGCAACGUCGAGGCACAGUCGAGGUUCAUAUUCUUUGUGGACAUCUGGACGACUGUGCUUGACCUCAAAUGGAGAUACAAAAUGACCAUCUUCAUUACAGCCUUCUUGGGGAGUUGGUUCCUCUUUGGUCUUCUGUGGUAUGCGGUAGCCUACAUUCACAAAGAUCUCCCUGAGUUCCAUCCUUCUGUCAACCACACCCCCUGUGUGGAGAACAUUAAUGGCUUGACCUCAGCUUUUCUGUUUUCUCUGGAAACACAAGUGACCAUUGGAUAUGGAUUCAGGUGUGUGACAGAACAAUGUGGCACUGCCAUUUUUCUCCUUAUCUUCCAGUCUAUACUUGGAGUCAUCAUCAAUUCUUUCAUGUGUGGUGCCAUUUUAGCCAAGAUCUCCAGACCCAAAAAACGUGCCAAGACCAUUACAUUCAGCAAGAAUGCGGUGAUCAGUAAGCGGGGUGGGAAGCUCUGUCUCCUAAUCCGAGUGGCUAAUCUUAGGAAGAGCCUCCUUAUUGGGAGUCACAUAUAUGGAAAGCUUCUGAAGACCACUGUCACUCCUGAAGGAGAGACCAUUAUUCUGGACCAGAUCAACAUCAAUUUUGUAGUUGACGCAGGGAACGAAAAUUUAUUCUUCAUCUCCCCACUGACAAUUUACCAUGUCAUUGAUCCAAACAGCCCCUUCUUCCACAUGGCAGCAGAAACCCUUCCCCAGCAAGACUUUGAAUUAGUGGUGUUUUUAGAUGGCACAGUGGAAUCAACUAGUGCUACCUGCCAAGUCCGGACGUCCUACGUCCCAGAAGAGGUGCUCUGGGGCUACCGCUUUGCUCCCAUAGUAUCCAAGACAAAGGAAGGGAAAUACCGAGUGGAUUUCCAUAACUUUAGCAAGACAGUGGAAGUGGAGACCCCUCACUGUGCCAUGUGCCUUUAUAAUGAGAAAGAUACUAGAGCCAGGAUGAAGAGAGGCUAUGACAAUCCCAACUUCGUCUUAUCAGAAGUCAAUGAAACAGAUGACACCAAAAUGUGA